AGCGCGCGAGAGGAGGAUGGAAUAGAUCGAUCGAUUGAUCGAUUAAUUACACAAGAGUCAAACCUCCUCACCCAUGAUCCCGCGGCAGCCAGCAUCACGGGGACUCACAAUUGUUACUGCUGACUUCUCGCUCAAGUUGUUGCCACGCUGCGUUGCACAGUGUUUCAACCCCCCUCUCUCCCUUUCCCCGUUCCUACGAUGAUGCCAGGGUUCGCGUUUCCUCUUGUGUUGCAGUCUUGUUCGUUUCGUUAUUUGAUUUCGAAUUCGAUGUAUCGGCGAUGCGGCGUGGCUUUCUAGUGGACAUCAAUUCCCGUGUCGCGCUACAGAAGGCGUUGGAAAGAAGUUGGCUCAACUUAUGUGUGUGUGUCCAGGAUCUGAAUCCUAGUUUUAGACAUCGCAGAAUUCUUUCAUGUUUUCCUUGUCGAAGUGGUGAUUCUGACUUCGAGUUGUCUGGAACUAUUUAUUUUUUCCUACGCCUGGAUCAGACGAUCUAGGAUCGUUGUUGUGGAGAGAUUAGGAAACGUUGUUCCGGAAUUGUAGCCACGAGAGCUGCUAAAGAUGGGGGGCGGCAUUGAGAUGUUACCCCCUUGUAUCUUGCAAGACAUACUCUACAAUGGACGAUUAGGGCCAGUUGAUCUGGCUAGCUUGGAAGCGUCCUCGUACAUGUUUCGUGCGGCGAGUGGGAUUGCGCCUUACAGGUUUAAGUCCAUCGCGGAAUUAGCGGCUCAUCAUUCGUGUCAGAUGCACCCCGUGUUUGAGAAUUUCCCUCCGCGAGCGCGAUUGGAGCUUUUGGCGAGGUGCGAAGGGAAUUGGAAACUGGUGUUGCACUUCUUGAACUCUCUGCAGCGUUCAUCGGGGCUUUCUGUCGGUGGUUCUGGCCGCGAUGUUCUCGUGGCCGCGGGGAGGUACCACACGCUGCUUGUAGAUAGGAAAGGGGAAUUGUAUGCGUGUGGAACUGGAGGGUCCGUUCUCGGACAGAAUCCUGCAGUCUCGAAUCUUCAAAGACCAGCGUCAAUUCCGUUGCCUGCGGCUGCUACACGCAUCGUGCAGAUCUCUGCGAAUUUCAAUCACGCUGCUUUCGUCACCGAAAGCGGACAGGUAUACACAUUCGGUGACAACGUAUCCUGUUGCUGUGGCGUUGGAGAAAGUGGACAGCCAAUUUCGAAACCCACGCUGGUAACAACUCUCGAGCGAAAUCCAUGCCAACAAGUUUCGACAGGGCAAGGGUACACUGUAGCACUCACACGCAACGGCGAGCUUUUCUCCUGGGGUUGUAACUCACACGGGCAACUGGGACAAGGCAACACUCAGGAGCAAUUCAGACCACGACAGAUCGAGGAGUUCAACGAGUCGAAUCCAGUAGCGCAAGUUUCCGCAGGCAUUUGUCACACUCUGGCUGUGACGAAGUCCGGGCAGCUGUUCUCUUGGGGUUAUGGUUCCAAUUACUGCCUCGGCCACGACGAUUUCCUCACCGAAUUGCGGCCCAAACGAGUGGAGCAUGGCGGAUUCGAUGACCUUUUCAUCAUUUCGGCAGCAGCCGGAGACGAACAUUCGGCGGCUAUCGACUCUUUAGGAUAUGUCUACACAUGGGGGAAGGGAUACUGUGGAGCUCUAGGUCACGGAGCUGGGACAGAUCAACGCACACCGCUUGUGGUUGCAGCAUUAAAGAGUACCCGUGCUGUCCAGGUUGUCGCGAGAAGGAGAAAAACUUUUGUGCUGGGCGACAACGGAACGGUGCAUUCCUUCGGGUGGAUGGCAUAUCACAGCCUCGGCGUGCAAGGAAAGUCCGCAUCGGACACGGUGGUGAGCCCCCAGUCUCUCGACUUAGCCCUCCAUGGCCACAAAGUGUCCACCAUAGCUGCAGGAAUGUACCACACUCUUGUGAUCACCAGGAAAGGAGCUAUUUUUGGGUUCGGAGACAACGAUUCUAGUCAAUUAGGGCCAGUUAGUGUCACCAACGAGACUCCUCUCGCUGUGAGAAUACCUGCCGAGGUGUUCUCUUGUGUCACUGGAGUUGUACAAGAUUAGAAAUUAUACCACUUCAGUUCUUCAUCUUCACCAUAUCUGAGACAUUUCUGUGCAAAGAUUCAUUAGAAGAACGAGAGAGAGAGAUUGAUAAAAGGCUUAGUUAGUGUAGGAAUGAAGCAGCGAAAGUGCAUCACUUGGCGGAGCAUUACGAAAUCUGAAUAAUAUGUUUGUCUUCAAAUCUGCUU